AUGGUUGCUGACCUGGCGUCGUUCCAUACUUCCGUAGUUGCCAAGGCAGCAGCAUCGCGCAAUGUCUUCGCAUCUCUCCCAUGUGCGUUGUCGCCGUCGUUGAGUUCCUGCAAAGUACGAAGGAGCCGCCCAGUGGCGCUCGUCAAAGAAACUGAUCUGUGUAUCGGGGCAACCGCUCUAGACUCUAAACUUGAAAUCGGAGGCACAGCCCUAGAAUCAGAACUCGACAUCGGGGCAACAGCCCUAGAAUCAGAACUCGACAUCGGGGCAACAGCCCUAGAACCAGAAGAGAGAGUGCGCGAACGAGUGACAGGCGGACCUACCACAUAA